UUCCGGAAAGGGACCAUGAUGCAUGACGAGUUUCUCGAUCCCAUCCCGCGCCUGUCUCCCUCCCUCUCUCUCUCUCUCUCUCUCGCUCUCGCUCAUCAGAGAUCUGUCAUUCUUCCUUAGCCCUUUCAAAUGACAAUGCAGUGUAGUGGUGAUAUGCGAUGAUGAUACAGUGUGUUGAACCUCUCGACUCAUUGACUCGAUCUCUUGCCCUCCAUGAAUAAAACAUGACGUCUCACUUUUGGGUCAUAUUUCAUGAAGGACAGCUUUGGCGCUGUUCUCAGCCUGGUGGUUGUGUAAAAGUAUCCAGUGAGAGCGGUUGAUACGAGUCGAACAAUGAUCCGCCUAUGAGAGUUCCAAGGGGAUCAGUCUUCUGUCUCCAGCCUCCGCAGCGGAAUGUGCUGGAGAGCAGUCUUUGACUCACUUUCCCUUGACCUUGGCGGCCAUGUUGACCUGUCAGUAGAGAUAUUCACAUUUUUUUUUUUGGAUAAGACUCUCAGCGGAUCCGACAUUACGGGCGAGAGCAAUAAUGCUAUUCUUCAUAGCGGUAGAUUGUCCAGCACUCCCAGUAUGGCCUCAUCUUCCUUGGACGCUCCGGCAGGAGUGACGAGACCAGUCGUGUUCUUCGAUGUGUCCAUUGGGGAGACUCACGCCGGGCGUAUAAAAAUGGAGUUAUUCAGCGAUAUCACGCCAAAAACAGCGGAAAAUUUUCGACAACUGUGUACGGGUGAACACAGGGUGAAUGGCGAGCCGCAAGGCUACAAACGAGCCAUUUUUCAUCGCAUCCCUCAGUUCAUGGUUCAAGGCGGAGACUUUGUCAGAAGUGAUGGAACAGGAUCAUUCUCGAUCUACGGUGCUCAGUUUGAAGAUGAGAAUUUCAACGUCAGACAUACCGGUCCAGGGUUAUUGAGCAUGGCGAAUUCAGGUAAAAACACGAAUGGUUGUCAGUUCUUCAUCACUUGUGCACCGGCCGAAUUCUUGGAUGGAAAACAUUGCGUCUUUGGAAGGGUCAUUGAGGGUUUAUUGACAGUCCGAAAGAUUGAAAACGUCCCGACGGGUGCGAACAAUAGACCAAAAUUGACAGUCCGCAUCACUGAAUGCGGAGAAAUGUAAAGUACUAUACACCGCAUAGGUCAUGUAUCAUCAAAUUCGCAGCGUC